AAAAAGGAUAAAGUUUAUUUCCUGAAAUAUUUGAUUACUAGAUUAUAUGUACCAAACUUAGUUAAUCUACCUCUCGUUGUCGUGGUAUAUGUAGUGUUUGCUUCAAAGUACGUACUAAAAGAGCAUAUCUAUUACUAGUGGUGAGCUCGCUAUAUAGUGAACGGGCCUCUCCUGCAAUUUUUCUUCAUCAAAUAUUUCAAUGGAGUCAUCAUCUUCUUCACUCCUUCUCCAUCAGUCUUACCUCUCUUACCUUAAUCCAAAAUUUCGAAAUAGACCUUCCCUUUCAUAUCCGUUGAUGCGAAAUUCGCGAAAAUGCAAACAAACUCGAAUUUGUUCUAACAAGAUGUACGUUCCAGGCUUUGGAGAAGCUUCUCCGGAGGCUAAGGCAGCGAAGCAUCUUCAUGACUUCUUUACUUACGUUGCAGUGAGGAUAGUGUCUGCUCAGCUUGAGAGUUAUAACCCUGAGGCGUAUUUGGAGUUAAGAGAAUUUAUAGAGACAAACUCUGUAAGUGACGGCGAUAAAUUUUGUGCCACUCUGAUGCGUCGCUCUUCACGUCACAUGAACUUAGCCCUUCGAAUUUUAGAGGUACGGUCUGCCUAUUGUAAAAACGAUUUCGAGUGGGAUAAUCUGAAGCGCCUCGCCUUCAAGAACGUAGAUGGAUCCAACACAAGACUCAUGCGUGAAUACGUCUUGGAGACUAGCCAUGUCGAAACAGAUUCCGAUACGUGAAACCUCAUAUCUCUUAGAAUCAAAUUCACAUAUAUAGUCUCGAGAGUAUACACACUUAUAACCGUUUGUACAUACAUACAUACACCAUUGUGCAUUUGUGCUUGUGUUAAUCUCAGGCCUAAUCCUAGACCCUUUGUCUUUUGAGAAUGACCAAAUCGAGAAUCACAUUGA